AAAUUGUUGAAAAACUAAUGCAAUUUUAAAGUAUUGCAAAUAAAAAGAUCUGCCACAUGCAGUUCGAAAAAGUAAACUUAGAACAAAGUGAAUAAUUCAACAGUGGAUGUGACAAUUAAUCUGCGUUCGAUUUCACGAUUGCGGCUUCCUUUUUUUUUGGACUAACAAGCGAAAGUUGGCGGCUGCAGCUGCCGCCUCACACUUUUACAAAAGUAGGCGGUUUUUUGCUAAAGCUCCAAAGAUAAACAGGUUGUUAAGAUGUCAUUGGAUGGCGCGCAAUUGAUGCAUGUCAAUGCCGCAGGCGUGUCGGAAGCCCAUCCAGCCAAAGGACGCAAGUUCAUUAUUGGCUCCUACGUAGAUAGUGACUUGGAGCUGGCCGAUGCAGAUCGUCUGCACUGCGAGAUACAAUGCGACUCAUUUGGCAGGGUAACCAUUCGUAAUAAUUCGCUCACCAAACCCAUUCUCCUCGACGGGCAGCUGGUAAACACCAAACGCCCGCUGCUGCAUGGCGCGCAGAUAACGAUUCUGAAUGAGGUCUACACCUGGGACUUUCCCAAGGUCAGCGAAUGCGAACAUGUCAUGGAUUCAGAACCAAGAACGCCCGAACGCCAGCCAGACCGAGUGGCAGAACAGGCGCCGAAUUCCUGUCCAGGCAGAGCGACUAAUCGAGCUCUGGUUGCCAAUCGUAUGACCGUUCACAACUUCCGCUACUCUAUAAACUCGGAUGAUGAGGGAAACACAUCCAUCGAGUCGCGUAACGAAAGCGAUGCUCUACUAGAUAUCAGCACCAGUAAAGAUGAGGAGCGUUGCGACACACUUCCAACACCACAAAUCGCCGACGAUACACCCAAAAUUGAUUUGCUCGAAGCGACACAGAACAAGGAGAAUACCAGCACGCCCAGCAAUAAAAUUAUUCUGCAGUUGUGUGCGCGCUCCGACAUGGUGAUCACAUCAUUCUCGCCCCGUGAGACGGGUAUCAAAAUCGAGAAAUCGUUCACGCGGAUCUGCAAGCCAAACAGUCCAAAUGUCGCGGCCUUAACGCCGAAGAGUGUUUACAGCACGCCGAAAAGUGUGCUCUCUGAACUGAACGAGGAGAGCUGCAGUCGGGAUCUCAUGGACUUCAGCACACCAUCGACCUCAAAGAAGGCGCUGGCGGCCAAACCAAAGGCGUCCAUGUAUUUAAUUGAUUUAACAACGCCCAAACGUUUGGCUCCUGUGCUCAAGACACCUUCAACGCCAGCUUCGGGCAGCUCAUUGAGCGAAAGCACACCCAUUGUUGUGGUGGACUCUUCGGUCGAAUCGGCAAAGACCUCAUCGAUCAUAAGCAUAACUGAUUCGGCUGGACCGGACAAACAUGCAGUUGUAACACCUAAAAGGCAACUGCAGACAGCCGCCUCAACCCCCAAACGCACUCCACAGUCGCUGAUGAAGCGAGCACUUCUAACCAGCGCUAAAAAGUUAACAACGCAAGCCACUCCGGGCACAGUAACACCCAAGAAUUUGGCUGCAAAGCAUGCGCUUAUUAACUCACGUCGUCAAAGUCUUUCAACGCCCAUUCGUAGAUUGCCUUUCCAUCCGGAUAGGAAUUCCUCGAUCAAGAAAACGCUACCUCGCAAAUCCUUGGCAGCCGCUAAACCUCGGGAUAAUAAAGUUUCACAAUUGCGCAAAUCAAUGGCGGCUGUUCAUCGCACCUCACCACACCAUGUGUCCAACAAACUGGUGGCUAAAGCACGAAAAUCCCUUAACUCGCCAGGACGCAGCUCGCCUUCAAACUUUCUGUCACAGCAGCCAGCGAAACAAACACCUUCAAAUUAUGCAUUAGAUACAAAACCAGUUAGUUUUUGUGAAGAUAAAAUGUCAACGCCUGAUGCCGAAACAUCUGCCGAACUUAGUCGCACUUUCAUUAUUGAUGAUGAAGACGAAUGCGCUGUUUUGGAUAAUGGGGGCUCCAAAGAGGCUGAACCAAAACCUGUGGUAGCCAUUCUAGCAGAUGAAGAUGAGGAAAAUUCCACAAAAGAGCUCCUUAAUAGAAUGGAACAACUCCUAGCACAAAAGACCAGCAAAGAGAAGUCCCAAGGAGACGAUCAGAAACAGGACACAGAACUUAAACAACAUAAUUCAGAGAGCCUUAAAAUUGAUGAAUGUGCCAAACCAAGUGCUUUUAUUGAUAUGGAAAUUUUAGAGAAAGAAAUUGAAGCGGAAGAUGUGGCCACCGAAGCAGAUCUUUUCGAGAACUUAAUCGAAGACACUGCGAAUGCUAAUAAUUCAACAAUUGAAGCCUCCGGGAUUGAAGCAGAGACGGCGGUCCUUGAAAACAAAGAGGCAGCGUCGUUAGACGAUAGAAACCUUAAUGAAACCAUUGAGUUGAGCAAUGCGGAAGUCUCAACAACAACAACCACAACAACAGCAGAGGUACAGCCCGAAGAUGCCGUGCAAUCUGAAGAGCUUUCGACUACUUUUGACUUGGCGGCAAAACCAUCUGAAGAACAAGACAUUACAAAGAAAAACGAAUUAAUCGAGGCAACAGAAGCAACAGAAGAUAUUUCAGAUGCUCCACAAAUAUCGGCUUCAGAGGAGACCAAGAAAAUCUCAUCAGAAAUAAACGAUUCCAAAAAUGUUGUAGAUAUCACCACCACUGAUAAUAUAUUAGAGAUUGAUGUAAUAGCAACAGAGCCAGAGCAGCCGGAAAAUUCAACAUAUCAGAAAGACGUUACAACGCCAACUGCGGCGAGCAAUAAAGAAGAAACACUGUGCGAGGAGCUGCUCAGCAGUGUAGAGGAUACCCCUAAAACUAAUAUUGUGGUUGAUAGUGAAGACACAGAAUUAGACGAAAUGCAUGAACAAUUGACAGAAAAAUUAAACAGACGAAGUAUGCGACGAGCUUCUGUAGAAGCGUCCUCUAAACCCACAGAAGGAUCUGCAGUAGAGCCUAAGACGCCCCGUCGUCAAUCAAAACGUGGCAUGCAGCUGGACGAAUCAGUCGGCGACUUGGGCAUCAUUGUCGAGAAGCCCGGCCAGACAGAAGCUUUAGAGAGCAUAGAAAGCUCAGAGGAAAAUGAACAUAAUGAUAAUGCAAUUCCGGCGGACGAAAACUAUGGAAAAGUAUUAACUGCGAACAACUCUGUCAUAUUAAAGGAGUCAGAAGUUGCCAAAAAUAACGAAGAAAAUGAGGUAAUUGAAGACAGCUUUUGCGAAGAGGUGCACUCAAACGAACAGCAUACAAAUACAGCCAAUUCUACAAAAGAUCAGACAGUAAGAGAGCUAAGCAGCAAAUUCAAUGAUAAUCCCACGCCAAGACGCAGCACACGUCGCUUCUCUGCGACUUUAACGCCCAGACGAAGUACGCGUCGCGCUUCUGUGGACGUGGUUGUCGGAGCCCUAAAUUCCAAUAAGCCAACACGCCGUGCUUCGUGCUCUGCUUGUGACUUGCCUACAACACCGAAACGCAAUCGACGUCUCUCCGAUGACGUACAGGCAACACCCACGCGCUACUCAAAACGUUUGCUAAGUACACCCAAGCGUGGAGCGCAGCUAGAUGAGGCCAUUGACAAUAUGGGUGCGAUUGUGGAAGAGCGAGAACCAACAGAAGCAGCUGAAAAGGAAAUUGAGGCGAAGGAAACCGCACACGAGGAGCAAAACGAUUUGGAAGCCCCAGCUGUGGAUGAGGAUUAUGGUGAAGAAAUACAUUCGUCGGACGAACCGGAUAAAAUCGAUUAUAAGGGUAUGCGCGAAAUGCUUAAAACGCCGAAAAGUUGCAGCACUCCACGCUUCAAGGGAUUGCGUGAAAUGAUGCGCACACCCAAAGUAAACGCCUCCCCCAUAUUGGGCAACAUCGAAGAGCUAUUGGAAAUGUCCGACGAUGUAGGAGGUACACCCAAAAGUGCGACUGUUGCUCGUGUCUCAUUGCAGGAGUGUAGAAAAUCUCUAAUCGUGGACGAGGAGUGUGAUAAGUUCUUUAAAACGCCAAGAGCCAAGAAUAUUAUGAUACCCAAUGAACCGGGUAGUGCACUUCUUCAGUCCCACACAAAUGCCAGCGUGCCAGCAACAGAGUACGAUUUAAACUCCACCAAUGCUUCCAUGCAAUUGGAAAAAAUCUUUGAUGAGUCAUCUACAAUGCUUACCACCAAUGUAACCGAAACAGAGUUAAGUGUAGCUGCAUUCAAUACGGCUGCUGGCGAAGAUCCUUUAUCUGUUUCGAAGUUGAAUACAAAUGCUGAGCCCGAAGCAGAUCAGACAAAUGCUGAUCGCAAUGAAUCCAUUUCUUCUGAAGCGUUGAUGAGCAUCAACUGUGCUGCAAGCACCUCGUUGAAGGAUCCACUAACAAGCACAGCUUAUAAGGCGGUUGAUGGUGCCAACUUGGCAAGAGAGAUCAAGUUGUCCAAUUCCGGUUCAGAGUCAGCGAACGAUGUGAAUGACAUGAGUGGCAUCCAAAUGUUGGAUCAAACAACAGAUUCUAUUUUUUCGGAGCCCCUUAUGGUUAGUGGUGCUGAUUCGGAAAAUAUGACGGUGGAAGAAACAAAAAUGACCAGCACUGCUCGCUUAACUUACACGCUGCAAGAAGAGAAAGAAAACACUUUGGAAUAUUCGCAGCAUGAGUCCACACUGGGAUUGGGUGAACCAUUAGUGGUCAGCGAUGACGAAGAAGAGGAGGAAGAGCAGAAACCGGCAGCAAUCGAAAAGGAAACAGGAACAUCAGAUAAAGGAAAUAGUAGUUCCAUUAUUGAACUCAACCGGACACCAGAAACAAUCACAGAAUCCACAGUGGAUCUCACUGAAGAACCAAUAAUGACAAAAGAAACAAGUUCAAAUAAAUCCGCUGUCUCUCAAAUUGAAGUUGAAAAUCAACCCACAACUUCCACUGCAACUAUUGAAAACGUUGAACUCCAACAACUAGCGAAAAAGGAAGAUGGAACUAAUAACAAUGAUACCUCCAUAAUUGAAAUUGAUCAGACAGCUAAAAAUGUUAACGAGCAGAAAAAUGGCAAUAUAGAAGAAGUUAACGAUGAUGAACCUUUAAAAGAGGCAUCCGAACCGAAUUCCAACGAAUCCGUUUUAUUUGAGGGUGAGAAAGAAGAAACGAUGCAGCCACAAUCUAACGAAUGUAUUCAGAUUGAAGAGCCAGCAGGAAGUGAAAUUCAAAGCAAUAAUCAUUCAGUUAUAAAAUUGGAUGAAGCCAAAGACCAAAACAUAAAUGAAGAUGAAUCAAUCAUUGAAUUAGAUGAAGAAGAUGCAGACGGAGAUGUACACAAAGUGGAAGCCAAUGAACUUUUGGAAACAGCUUCAACGACGCAUGAGAACACUGCUGUCGAAUUGGAAGAAGAACAAGAAAGCUCUGUAGGAGUAUCCAUAAACGAUCAAAGUUCACUUCAAACUUCCAGCAUAGAAAGAAUAUCUACUGCCACUAAUGAGGAAACAUCUGCUAUAAUAUCAGCAUCAGACGACGAUAUUAUAAAUAAUCCUGAAUCAAGUAAACCUAAACUGAGCGAGGAAGAAACUGUGCCUGUAGCGGAUUCGAAUGAAAAGCAAUCUAUUGUUUUUGAUCUCCAAGAACAAUCACUGGAAGUUUCGCUUCAAACUUCCAGCAUAGAAAGAAUAUCUACUGCCACUAAUGAGGAAACAUCUGCUAUAAUAUCAGCAUCAGACAAUGAUAUUACAAAUAAUCCUGAAACAAGUAAACCAAAGCUUGGCGGGGAAGAAACUACGCCUGUAGCGGGUUCGAAUGGAAAUCAAUCUACUAUUGCUGACCUUCCAGACCAAUCAUUGGAAGUUUCGCUUCAAACUUCCAGCACAGAAGGAUUACCAACUGGCACUAAUGAGGAAACAUCAUCUGUAAUAUCGGCAUCAGACGAUGAUAUUAUAAAUAAUCCUGAAUCAAAACCAAAACUGGGCGGGGAAGAAACUGCGCCUGCAGCGGAUCCGAAUGGAAACCAAUCUACUAUUUUUGACCUUCCAGAUCAAUCAUUAGAAGUUUCCAGCAUAGAAAGAAAAUCUGCGAUGACUAAUGAAGAAAGUUCUGAGCUUAGAUCAAUAGUAGAAAAUGAAAGUGUGAAUGAUCCUGCUCCAAUCGGACAAGAGCAUAUUGGAUCUACUGAAACUGAAAUUAGGGAACCUACAUCUCUCGUGCAAGAAGAAAUGGAACACAAGGAAUUCAUUUCUGAAAAUGUAGGUGGAUGUGAAGAAACAGUUCCGAAUGCAAGCCAAUCUAGUUAUGGGCAACAAUCAUUGGAAGUUUCCAGCAUAGGAAGAAAAUCUGCGAUGACUAAUGAAGAAAAUGAAGAUGAAAAUAUGGAUAAUCCGGCAUCAAGUAAAACCACAUCAGUCGAACAAGAAGAGGCUGAACCCAAGGAAAUUACUUCAGUUGAUGAAAACAAAAUGAAACAUAACAAAAUUACAGUGGGAAGUGACGAAGCUGUUCCAGUUGCAAACCAAUCGGUUAGUUAUGGACUUCAAGAACAAUCAUUGGAAAUAUCCAGUAUAGAGGGAAAAUCUGCGACGACUAAUGAAAAAGCCAGUGUGGAAAUUGAUAAUGCAAUGGCAAGCAAUUCUCUUGUAUUUGACCUUCAAGAACAAUCGGAAGUUUCCAGUAUAGAAGGAAUAUCUGUGACCACUAAUGAUGAAACUGCCGUCUCAAAAUCAAUAUCUGAGGAUGAUAUCUUGGACAUUUCUGAGCCAGCAGAGCAAGUGGAACCUGAAGCCAACGAAUUUACUUCUGUGGAGAACGUAGAAAAUAAAAUUGUGGAAACCGAGUUAGAAAACAAUGAAGAACCGAAACCAACUGAAAAUACUAAAGACCUUACUGAUGCAAUACCUGAUAAAGACCAUUCUGUUUAUGGAACGGAAGAGAAAGAAUCUAUUGAAAUUUCAUCGAACGUAUCGGAUAGAUCCCAAGAACAAGCCGAUCUCCCGCAGGAAGUUGAAAAGUCCGAUCUUCUAAAUAUAGCUGUUGGAGAGGAAACACAAGAGCUUAGUACAACAGCAUCAUCAUCAAUAAUAGAUUUGGAUGAUGACGAUGCUCAUACAAAUACUACAUUAGCCUCUGAAGAACGUAAAACUGAAACGAUUGACGUUUCUAUUAUUGCCGAAAAGGUGGUUGGUACUCACGAGGUUAUUGAAUUAAAGGCAGAAGAAAUACCUAAACCAGCAGAGCAUUCUACAGCAGAAGAAAGUAAAUCUAAAGAUAAAGACGAACGUGCAGAAAUCGAUGUGGAAGGACAAGCUGUGGCCAAAGAAGGACUCAACGAAUCGAAAGCAAAUGCACAAGAAAUUUCGGUUAAUGAAAGCAUCGAUUUGACAAACGAUGACUUAUCAGACGACGAGGAACCAACCGGGUCUCAAGAAGAAUCUUCGGACGCAAUAGGAGCGGAAUCUUCCUCAAGUGCAGUACAGAAAGCAACAUAUCCAACUAUAGCCGAGCAGAGCAUUAGAUUAGAAUAUAGUCCAGAGAGAGGGGAACUAAGCAGUGAAGAUCCAAAAGCUGAAAAUACAAACGAUCCAAACGAAGCAUCAAUUGAUUUGACGAGUGACGACGAAUUGAUCGAAGAAAACAUCCAGGCAAACGAUAAAAAAGUGACUGAGUUCGUUGAACUGAGUGACGACAGUGAGGAGACUCCCGAAAUCAUUGAAAAACGCACAGAAGCAGAAGAAAAUGUUAAUCUGUCUGUGGCAGACGGUAUUGAGUUAAAAUUAAAAGAAACUUCCCUGAAAACAGACGAUAUUCCAGUUGAAGAAAAUGCCGAAAAGAUAGUGAAUGUAGUCGAAAAUGAAAUCACAGAAACUGAGGAAGAAAUAGUAGAUACCUCGAAAAAAGAUACAAAUAAACUCAAUAAAGAUUUCCGUGAUAAGGCGGCUAAAGAGCUCGAUAAACCUGAAAAAGGUCCUAUCCACAAUAUAACUUCUGAUACUGCAAUCGAAGCAGAAACAUCGUUGCACAAAAAAGAGGACGAAAGUGAUUCGACUACAGAGUUGAAAGAAGCAACAAAUCAUACGGAAAAUGAUAAUUCUACGGUCAUGGAAGAAGCCGGUGUUAAAAGUAUUUCUGUGCGAGAUGAACCGAAAAAUAAUGACAAUGGAUUAUUCGAAAAGACGAACAAAGCGGGUUCAUCCGAUGAAGUUGAAGCUCAUUCCAUUACGACAAACGUUCCGGUGAAUAAACUGAAUAAAACUGUUGUGUCAGAUCAUGAAGAAGAACAGAUAUUACCUGUUCCAAAUGAAGCCCAAAAUCAAUCCAUUGUCAUUGAAGAAAAACUGACCACAACUACAUCUACAGAGCAGCACAUGACUGAAGCUCCCAAAGAAGAAGAUGACGACGUUUUACUUAUCGAAGCGGAAUCCAGUGAGGAGGAGAAACAGACUCCAGCAAAAACGACUGACACACAGGAGGCUACCAAGCGCUCCCAUCGAACUGAAGAUUCCACAAAACUUGAUGAGGAGAUUCCGCCGGUCAAACGUGCACGCGGAGAUGAGGAAAAUGUCGACAACACAGCUGUUGAGAGUAUACGUCGAUUUGGACGAAGGGCUUUCGUGAAUAAGGUGCCAGUAGCGCCUUUAGAAAUUACUAAAGAAUCAGCAACAGAUAUAACCAAAGUAACUUCGGAUUCUACAGAAACAAAGCAAGCUAUCAAAACUUCAGAUGCUUCAGAGGAGAAAAAGCAAUCAGCCCAAAAAUUAAACGAAAAUAAAGAAGAAAAUAUAGAGCACGUUGAAGAAAUGCCAGCAACAUCAACACCACUUAGGCGACGUGGGCGCACCCCCUCAACUAAAGUUGAUCAGGUGGCAGAGCAGCCAAAACCAGCUAAUAGAGUUCUACGAAAAGGUUCAGCUGCAAUAGAAAGAGAGGCCCAUGAAGCCGAAGAACCGAAACGACGUGGACGCAAGGCAUCAUCAGAAGUGCUCGAGUCUACAGCCACGGAAAACAAAGCUGGUGAGCUAGAUAUAGAAAAAAGAACCCGUCGUGCCAGAGGAGCCUCCGCUGAAGUGGCAGAGGUAGCAGAUCUUUUAGGAGAAAAGAAGAAGAUUAAUGUGGUACAGGUUCCAGCAAUUGUGUUUGAAGAGCCCGAAGCUGAAGUCGAAGCGAACGCAGUUGAUGAAAAACCUAAACGACGUGGUCGCAAGGCCUCAACUGAAGUAGUGGAUUCUACUUCCAAGAAGGAAAUUGUGCAGCUACCAUCUAAGAACAAAGAAUUAGGGGAUUCCAAAGGAAACACCGAUCGAUUAACAACCGCUCCUGAAGCUCCUGAUAUUGAAGAACCGAUAGUCGAAAAACCCAAACGGCGAGGCCGCAAGCCCUCAGCCGAGGUGGUGGAAGCUGUUGAUCUUCCACUAACAAAGAAAAAGGAAGAGGUUGAGUCAAAAGGGCAAUCCCAUCGAACAAUCAUCCUUGAAGAUCCGGAAACUGAAUCCCAGCCGGUUGCCGAAAAAUCAAAACGACGUGGUCGCAAGGCCUCAGCUGAGGUGGUGGAGGCAACGGAUGUUCCACUAACAAAGAAAAAGGAAGAUGUUGAGUCGGAAGGACAGUCUGGGGAUAGACCAAAGCGAAGAGGUCGCAAAGCCUCAGCUGACGUGGUGGAGACUUCAAUAGUAAACAUACCACUCAAAAAGGUUGAAGAUUAUUCAAAGGAAGCGCUCUCACAAAUAGAUGAAGUCUUCGAAACCAAGGAACAACCAAAACGACGUGGUCGCAACCCCUCAGCAGAGGAGGCGGUAGGGGCUGUGCUUCCAAAGGACCAACAGAUAACUCAGCAUUUAACUGUCCCAACUGAACUUGGAGAGAAAACUGUCACCAGGCGCGGUCGUAAAGCUACUGUCGAUGUAGAACUGACAGAAGAAAACAAGACCAACGAAGUCGCCGAAAAACCGAAGCGCCGUGGGCGUAGGCCUUCAACAGAUGUCGUCCCGACGGAAACAAAGAUGGAGGAUCCAGUCGAUGCAGCGGUGCCCAAGCCCACAAGAAGGGGUCGAAAAGAUGCUGCUGUUAAGGAACCACAGCACAAAAAAGAAGAAGAAACUCAGACGCCAGCAAGCCCGCCAGAGAAAUCAAAACGGCGGGCACGUAAGGCAUCCGCUUCUGUAGAGCCGGAUGAUGAAGCAGUGCCACCCAAGAAAGUGGCACGUCGGGGACGUAAAGCAUCAGCUGUGGUAGAGGAACCCGAUGUGGUUGAAAUACAUACGCCCGAAGUGAUUACAAUUCCCCCACCUGCCGUUGAGCAAGCAAAGGAUGUGGGGUCCUCGGAUGCGCCGCUUUCCUCGCCCGCCAAUACUGAAGAUGAGUCUUCGCCACGGCGGCGCGAGGGACGCAAUGUGCCACGCAAGAACUAUGACGAGACCUCAGACGAUGAAAAGAAGACAGCAUCAGCUCGCAAACCCCGUAAGCCAACCGCCAAAGCAACUGCAACCAUAAAGCAGACCGAGUUGGCCGUCAUUCCAACACCUCAACCCACUACACCAAAGGCUGCCACACCGGAACCAAGCGAAUCCGCUAAGCCACCAGAGCAAACGGCAUCUCAGAAGCGCGAGGGGCGCAACAUACCGAGACGCAACUACAACGAAACCAACUCGGAUGAUGAGAAGCCGAGCACAACUCGUGGGCGUCGCAUCAGACAACCAACGGUCAAGGCUCUGGAACUUAUAGUGAAUUCACCACGACCGGGCACACCCAAGCGACGUAAGGGUAAGGCGGCAGCCGAGGACACAGAGGAGCCACCAGAAAAGAAGGCCCUACAGGUCGAAGAUGAGCCACUCGAGAAGAAUGUGUUGCAAGGCGAAGAAAAUGAGUCUGCACCCGCUGGCAAAGCUCGUGGCGCAAGACGCAAGCCCGCCGAAGUGGCCGAAACUUCAGGACGUGGUCGCAAAGCUGCCAAAGAGACGACAGAUGUCAGUGGGGAGCUGGAUGCAGCAUCAGUGCCGACAACGAGCAGCAAACGCAACGCACGCAGUCGGAAGGAGAGCGCCUCCAGCCAAGCUGACGAAUUGGCUCCGAUGGAGGAGAAGGCGCCAACGAAACGCACGGCCCGUGGCAAAGCCUCAUCCGAAGCACCGGAUAAGGAGCCUCCAUCCAAGCGAGCGCGCGGUAAGACGCAACCAACCAACGUGGAUACCGAUGAUGAGCAGCCAGAGGUGGUGGCAGCUAGCAAGAAACGUGCACCGCCACGCGGCAAAGGACGUAAAGCCGAGCAGGAGGAGGAGGCCGAGGCGACACCAACUGCCUCGGUACCAACUCGCACGGCUCGUGGACGAAAGGUACAUUUUGAAGCAGCCGAGGAGGCCGCAAAGCUGUCGACAUUGCCUCCCUCGGUGGGCGAUGCUCCGAAACGCGUGACACGCUCCCGACGCAAAUAAGAUGUUAUAGCAUCGCAUUUUUUUUCUUCAUAAUUGUUUCCUUUUUCUGCAUACCACAUUAGUCUCGUUAUUAAUUUAAUUUUGUUUAUUCUACUUUAAUCUCUUCCUAAAAUUGGAUGUGUGAGGAAGUGUUUGCAAAAUUUACUUUACGUUUGUACAAAUUUAAUUAUUUUGGUGAUGCCUAGAUGUUAUGUAUGUACGCCUAUUGUUAAUCUUUAUAAGUUCCAAAUAUAUUAUUAUUAAAUAGUUA